UUCAACGCAUCUGAAAAGGAGUAGGAAGAAGCAAUGUUUAUACCUCUGGAGAUGGCAACUUGAAUUACUGUCACAAUACCAAGAGACGCCGCCCAUUACAAGACCUCUGGAGAUGGCUCCCGAGGACCCCAGUGCCACGGUGGUCAGUGAAGAAGACGACAGGCCGACUGCAAACAAGACGCCUCCUGAGGUGGAUGACGGAUGUGAGGAAGAACAGCGAGGCGGCGUGCAGCAGAUGGAGGAGAAGUCGUUUGUAUCGAGUCUGCAUUCUUUCAUGAAGAAAAGAGGCUCGCCCAUUGAAAGGAUCCCACAUUUGGGCUUCAAACAAAUCAACCUGUGGAUGAUCUACAAGGCAGUUGAGACACUAGGUGGCUACAAUUCAGUGACGGCACGGCGCCUGUGGAAGAAAGUGUACGAUGAGCUGGGCGGGAGUCCUGGUAGCACCAGUGCGGCUACGUGCACCCGCAGACACUACGAGAGGCUGGUGUUGCCCUUUGAAAGGCACCUGAAAGGAGAAGAUGACAAACCUCUGCUUCUCAGCAAACCAAGGAAGCCUUAUAAGAGGAAUUCGGAAGGGAAGAUGAACAAAGUGGAGUGGAAGGGGAAAAGAAACCCGGCCGACAGAGGAAACGAUUGUGAGAGGAUUCCAGAGGCCGCCAGUCAUCCUCAUCAGUCCAAUCCCUGGCCGGGUGCCGCCGAAAGACACCAUUUGGACUCCUCCCAGCCAGACCGGCCCUUGACCUCUUACACGUUUCCCCGCCUGGUGCACGGCCCUUCGGCGACCCCCUGGCCCGCGAACUUGUCAUCGGCGGCCGGAGAGGUCAUCUCUCCUCUGGAGAAAAAGAAGCGAGUAGCCCAGGCCAGCCUUCAAGGGACUCCACAGGGCGAGGACAGAGAGGAGAGAGACCGGCCUUCUGUCAUCCGCUGCUCCCCGUCCUCUUCCGGCCACAAGUGCAUCUCCUCCGACGGCUCGCCUUACCCUCCGUCCUCCUCCUCGUCUUCCCGGAGCGCCUCCCCGUGCUCCGUCUCAUCAGAGGAUACCCCUGCAGGUGGUGAACGCCAACCUGACUUGACCUCCUUCAGCACAGUCAACCGAAGCGAGGACGCAGCAGGAGAGAACAGAAGCAGAGCUCCUCUCAGCCCUCAAAAAGUCAAAGCUUACAUUAAAGACCGGAAGACAAAAAGAGGCGACAUCAACCUCAUGCAUCCUUUUUACUCGUCUAUCAAAGUCACAUCCGACCCGGGUUUCGUCAAAGUUCUUCCGAAGUCGACGCAACUCGCACGGCCCGCCCCUAUCCGACCGGGUUACGGAAGCCAACAGGCCGCUUUGACGCAUCUGAAAAACAUCCCUCAGCAUCCGUGGCUCUAUCAGACUGAGAAGUGGGACGCCCUCAGGCCGCCGCCUGCAAAGGUUCCUGCCGCCCAGCAGACGCUAGCCCGCUCCGCCCACUCCGCCUGUGCUCCGCCCCUUUUUGACAAAUCAGACUCUCAUCAGCAGACAGUGCUGCACCAGCGAGCCUUCCUCCCCAGGGUGAGAAUACCUCAGUCCCAGCUCAUGUACCGCCAUGUUCCUGGCAGCCCGUCUCCUUCCGCUCUCAUUUAUCCAUACCCAUAUUCCAUCCCUCUAUGGGGGCCCCACGCUGCAUAUGCCCUCCCCACUAUGGGCACAUUUUACACUCACAAACUGUGAUUCUUUCCAUUUUGCCUCCGGGCAGAUUAAUUUUUUAUUAGAGAUGGCCGAUAAUAUCGGCCUGGAGAUGGCCGAUAAUAUCGGCAGGCCGAUAUUAUCGGCCGAUAAAUGCUUUAAAGGGGAACAUUAUCACAAUUUCAGAAUGGUUAAAACCAUUAAAAAUCAGUUCCCAGUGGCUUAUUUUAUUUUUCGCAGUUUUUUUCAAAAUUUUACCCAUCACGCAAUAUCCCUAAAAAAAGCUUCAAAGUGCCUGAUUUUAACCAUCGUUAUAAACACCCGUCCAUUUUCCUGUGACGUCACAUAGUGAAGCCAACACAAACAAACAUGGCGGAAAGAACAGCAAGCUAUAACGACAUUAGCUCGGAUUCAGACUCGGAUUUCAGCGGCUUAAGCGAUUCAACAGAUUACGAAUGUAUUGAAACGGAUAGUUGUAGUGUGGAGGCAGGUAGCGAAAACGAAAUUGAAGAAGAAAAUGAAGCUAUUGAGCCAUAUCGGUUUGAACCGUAUGCAAGCGAAACCGACGAAAACGACACAACAGCCAGCGACACGGGAGAAAGCGAGGACGAAUUCGGCGAUCGCCUUCUAGCCAACGAUUGGUAUGUGUUUGUUUGGCAUUAAAGUAAACUAACAACUAUGAACUAGGUUUACAGCAUAUGAAAUACAUUUGGCAACAACAUGCACUUUGAGAGUGCAGACAGCCCAAUUUUCAUCAAUUAAUAUAUUCUGUAGACAUACCCUCAUGUCAGCAGGCCAGGGAAGCUAGGGUCGAUAUUCUUCUCUUGAUCAUCUUCGGGACGGUGGGAGCCAAGACAUCCAGGGGGGGGGUUUAGCUCGCUCGUCUGCGGGAACAAACUGCCGCCAUUGCUUGCCGUGCUACCGAGGUCUUUUGUCCCUGAAUUGCUCACACACUCCGGCAGAUUCAAUGGGGGUCUGGCGGCAGAUUUCUUUGACUUUAUCGUUGGAAAUGCAUCUGCUUUGAGUGUCGCAGGAUAUCCACACAUUCUUGCCAUCUCUGUCGUAGCAUAGCUUUCGUCUGUAAAGUGUGCGGAACAAACGUCCAAUUUCUUGCCACUUUCGCAUCU